AUGGCAACAGGAACUUCUAAAGCUAAAGCAACAUCAGUAAAAGUAGAGUCAGGUUUUCAAGAACCUGGUCUUCAAACACCUCUAGGAACAUUAUUACGCCCACUUAACUCUGAAGCUGGUAAAGUAUUACCAGGAUGGGGGACUACUGUUUUAAUGGGAGUGUUUAUUGUAUUAUUUGCAGCUUUUUUAUUAAUUAUUUUAGAAAUUUAUAACAGUUCUCUGAUUCUAGAUGACGUUACAAUGAGUUGGGAAACUUUAGCUAAAGUUUCUUAA